AUGCGUGCCUGGUGCCCUCGGAGUCUGCUGUACUGUGCUGAUGUAGUUCCCAAAGAUGUCAAAGCUGCCAUUGCCACUAUCAAGACCAAGCAUACCAUCCAGUUUGUGGACUGGUGUUGCACUGGCUUUAAAGUUAGCAUUAAUUAUAAGGCUCCCACUGUGGUUCCUGGUAGAUACCUAGCCAAGGUACAGAGAUCUGUGUGCACGCUGAGCAACAUCACAGCCAUUGCUGGAGUCUGGGCUCACCUGGAUCAUAAGUUUGACAUAAUGUAUGCCAAGCAUGCCUUUGUGCACUGGUAUGCAGGUGAAGGCAUGGAGGAGCGAGACUUCUCUGAGGCCAGCGAAGAUGUGGCAGCCCUAGAAAAGUACUAUGAGGAGGUUGGAGCAGAUGGUGCUGAAGGAGAUGAUGAGGGUGAAGAACAUAAGUUCAUGUGCUGCAAUUUUACACUUCUGUUGUCUUGUGUUUGUCCUACACUAUGA